AUGUCCCUUCUGCUAGCCUCCCUCGAUGGGAGCCACAGUGCCAUGAUCCAGGCCCUCCACGACUUCCCCACCAGGCAGUGCGGCGCAAGCCCUCCUCCUAGCCUUUACUUGCCAGGCACGGCCGCGCUGCACCCUGCCGAGGCUUUCGCUGCAUCCAUCCUCGAAACCGGCCGUGCCCGCCCAGUGCAUCUUGGCACUCUGAUUGAGCCAGGGGACCGACCGCUUCAAGAGCGAGCAGAACGCUGUGUUUUGGACCACCGGCGCAUACGACAGGUGUGGGUCGAGGGCGGCGCAGAAGACCACGUCCUCUAUGUCGGGGGGGCCGAGAGGAGGGGUGAGCUGCUCCACGUUGCACAAGGGCCUCACAGCUCUUUCCCCUCUGCAAAGCCCGGCGGCCUGAACAUCGAAUUCGACUCCACCCUUGGCUUCCCAGGCCGACAUCGACCGCGCCGCAAAGAGGUCGGUGGUUUUGACCUCGCUGCCCUGAUCGAGACAAAGCCCCUCGACGCCGAGAUGAUCGCUGACUGGCUGGUCUGUUAUGGCAAGGAUCUGUACGGGCCAGUCCUCCGUCGACAAGUGCAGGCAGCUUGGGACCUGUGUUUCGCUUGGCUCGCCGAGGCGGGCUGCUUUUCGCUGGCUUUUGGAGGUUUGAUGAGGAUCGGAGAGGUUCUACAAGCCACCAGGGGCUCCCUUGUGCUGCCCGAGGACAUGCUUUUCUCUCAGCAUUUUGUCCUCGUCAGCAUAAGAGAGCCAAAGACGAGGAAUCGGGGACCACGUCAUCAGGCGGCAAAGAUUGAGGCCCAAGACCUGGUGCAAGUCAUCGGCAUGGCUUUUGGUGGACUGAGGAAGGACCAGAAGCUCUGGCCCAUGUCCCCUCAGACGCUCAGGAAGCGUCUGGAUCAAGUCCUGCGCAGAGUCGGAGCUGCCCCAGGACCUAAAGGUGCCAGGCCCAUCGACUUAGGAUCUUUCAGAGCUGGCGGAGCGAUUUUCCUGCUCCAGCAGACGGAGGACUCUGAGUUGGUCCGGCGACGAGGACGUUGGGCAUCGGCAAAGAUAAUGGAGAUAUACCUCCAGGAAGUUUCUGCGGCUAUCUACUUGCCCUCGCUGCCACGAGAGCAAAAACAGAAGGUGGCCCAGGUUGCUUCUGGUUUCAAGGGUAUCCUUCAGCAGGCCUGUCUAUGGACACGCCAAGGCAUCGAGCGGAACAUUUGGUACCGCCUGUGGCCCGAGGCCGAGAGGCUCAAAGCUGAGGAGGAGCUUCGGAAGCUCCAGGCGCAGCUCCCAGAGCUGGAAGGUGCAGUGCAGGAGGCAACGGCUCAACUCGACGACGCGAAGCGCGCCGUGGCGGCAGAGGCCGCAGCGCAGAGCGCGGCGAACGCGACACAGGACUCACAGGACAACGCCUCGGCAGGCCCUUCUCCGGCAGACGAGGUGCAGGAGGCCUUCGAGUCCCAGGUGAAAGCCACAGAGGCCGAGGCCAAAGAGGCUGCGAAGGAAGCUGAGGCCAAGCCGGUCGUGUCCGAAUACAGCAAGUGGAUGGAUGGUGCCGAGAAGGUGCUUGAGGAGGCAUCGGAGGCGAAGCCGGACAUCUCCGAGUACAGCAAGUGGAUGGAUGGUGCGGAGAAGGUGCUGGCUGAGGCCGACGACUUCGACGAGGUGCUCAAGGAUGCACCUGACUUCCCGGAUGACGACAACGAGCCGGCGAGCCCAGCGAGCUCUCCGUCGCCCUCGGCGUCCCGCAGCGCUGGCUCGGGGUUCUGGGAGCAGGUGAAAAGGAAAUGGGGCGAGAAAUGGCAGAACUUCCGGAACUGGGCCUUCGGCAGCCGGAGUCCCGCCGAACGCGCCCUGGACAAGGCCGAGAACCGGCAGGAGGCCGCCCAGAAGGAGCUGAAAACGGCUCGCGUGCGCGUGGAAGAGCUGGAGAAGAAGCUGAAAUCCACCACGGAGGAAUGGGAGCUGCCAUACUCUGGGCUGGACGGCCGCUGCAUUGAGAAGAGCAUCGGCGAGUACAAGUACAAGAUCUGCUUCUUCGACGAUGCCAAGCAGGAUAGCACCUCCGUUGGCAGAUGGAAGGGCUGGGAGGCGCCCGGGCUGGCCACCUUCGAUGCCGGGCAGUACUGUCCUGGCGGCCCGGAGCGGAGCCUGAAAGUGAAGUUCCAGUGUGGCUCGAAGGAGGAGCUGUUGGACGUGUCUGAACCCAGCCGCUGCACUUACGAGGCGCAGUUGAAGCAUCCGGCCGCUUGCACCGCCGAGCUGCUUCGAGCUCUCGAGGCUGCCGGGCCAAGACGCCCGCUGGACGAACUGUGA